GACCCACAAAAAAGUUCAUUGAGCAAGACAGUGCGAGUGUUGAACUUUGAGGAAGGGAAAAAUGGGUUGAUCGAACACAAAUCAUUGUUAAUUCAUCAGUAAGAUUCAGCAGACCUUUAACGGAAGCUUCUAAGCAGCUUUCCAUUUCAUUUUCCGCCAAACUGUGCCACACACUUUCACAUGGCAUUUCCACGUCUUCGGCACUCCAGCAACGUUCUUACGAGUAUUAAUAAAUUUUUCUUCCUUUGCUCUUGAUUGAAUUUGUACACCUGGACAAAAUAAUCUGGGAACUCAGUAUUUUGGGGUGAAAAAUUAAUCUCAGGCGAUCGUGACACGAUGGUUGGGUAUAAAAUUGAAGAUUUAUGACAUAAGCAAUCUCAUUCGGUUCCAAAGUGUGAACGUGGCAAAAUGCUGAGGACGUUCCUGAGGAUUCUUCUGCUAGUGCUAACAGUUCAAGUGAAUUUUCUCGUGAAAGCAGAUGAUUUUCCAUCUCUCAUAACAGCCAAUGCUUCAAUUGCUAUAAUACUGGACCAAGAAUAUCUAGACCAGAAAUAUGAUCCCGUCUACACAGAAGUUCAGGUGAUAAUUGAACGAGUUCUGAGAGAGGAUCUUAAGAAUGGAGGCCUCUAUGUCACCUACUACUCCUGGACGAGUGUCAAUCUCAAGAAGGACUACACAGCAGUACUUGUAGUGAGCAAUUGUGACAACACCUGGAGAGUUUUCCGGGAAGCCAGGGCUGAUACUCUUCUUCUGUUGGCUCUUACUGACCCAGAUUGUCCAAGAUUGCCACCAAGUGAAGCUAUCAUGAUACCCCUAACGAGCGGUGGUGAGGAACUCCCUCAAGUUCUUCUGGACCUAAAAUCCUCCCAAGCCCUGAAAUGGAAGUCAGCGAUUGUUCUCCAUGAUGAUACUUUUGCCCGCGACAUGAUCAGCCGUGUAGCCAUUGCUGUGACUUCAGAAUCCCCCGAUGGCUAUGUAAAGCCAAUGUCUGUGUCCCUGUUCAAGAUUCGGGCUCACAUUCAGGAAUGGGAACGCAGGAAAUCCAUCCGAAGAACCCUUUUGAGCCUCCCAACCAACUAUAUAGGGAGAAAUUUUCUGGCCAUUGUGACAACGGUGAUUAUGGAGAAUAUCAUGGAAGUGGCCAAAGAUCUGGGAAUGGUGGAACCUUUUAGUCAGUGGAUGUAUGUGAUCUCAGACACGAAUUCCGAAAGGAAUAAUAUCUCUUCAGUGCUUCCGCUGAUUGGGGAAGGUGAAAAUGUGGCCUUUGCAUAUAAUGUGACCAGUAAGGAUCCAGCUUGCAAGGUUGGGAUUACCUGCCACUGUGCAGAGCUCCUGAGGAGUUUCGUCCUGGCACUGUCUAGGAUGAUUCGUGAAGAGAAGGCAGUUUAUGGGCAGAUUUCCGAUGAGGAAUGGGAAACCAUAAGACCGACGAAGAAGGAACGGAGAGAUAUGCUCUUGGAGACGAUGGUGACUCAUCUGAAAAGUACCUCAGUCUGCUCCAAUUGCACAACAUGGAAAGUUCAGGCAGGUGAAUACUGGGGCACGGAGUAUCAGACGAAUGUCGACAAUAAAGUUCCACAGAAUUAUGUUGAGGAGGAGUGGAGUAUCGUAAAUACUCCUCGAAGAUCUUCAAAAUUCCUCGACGUUGGCACAUGGAAGCCAAACGAUGGGGUUCAACUGAACGAUGUUCUCUUUCCGCACGUGUCGAAUGGUUUUCGGGGCAAAAAUCUCCACAUAGUCACAUAUCACAAUCCACCAUGGCAAAUUAUAGCGUACAACGAAUCAGGAGUACCGGGCGUAAUGCGAGGGGUUGUGAUGGAUAUUCUCAAUGAGAUGGCCAAAAAAUUGAACUUCACUUAUACCAUGCACGUCAUCCCGGUGGCCAUACCCAAGGCUAAUGAAACUGAGGAAUUGAGUUACAAUUCAACAGAGGAAGGACAACUACCCACAACGACAAUCCCCAUGGAAAUUCUCAAUCUCGUGAGUCAGGACAAGGUGUUCCUGGCAGCUGUUGGUGCUACUGUCAACGAAAAGUACAAGAGAUUCAUAAACUACACCAUCCCCAUCAGCAUUCAACCCUAUAAUUUUAUUGUCUCACGACCCCGAGAACUUAGUAGAUUGUAUCUCUUCAUGGCACCUUUCACCAAAGAAACUUGGCUCUGUUUAGCUGCUUGCAUAGUUGUUAUGGGUCCUCUCCUGUACUUAGUCAACAGAUUCAGCCCAUUCUACGAACAGAAAGGUUUUGACAUCGCCAGGCUGGGCCUGAAUCGCAUCAACAACUGUUUCUGGUACAUCUACGGAGCACUUUUGCAACAAGGUGGAAUGUAUUUACCUCAAGCUGACAGUGGCAGAAUAAUUAUUGGAACGUGGUGGCUAGUUGUAAUAGUCCUAGUUACUACAUACUGUGGUAAUCUUGUGGCUUUUCUGACCUUCCCAAAAAUCGAAAUUCCCAUCACGACGGUGGGACAGUUGGUGGGAAAAAGUGGCGCUGUGUCGUGGAGUACAAAGUCAGGGACGUUUCUGGAGGAAUUUCUGGCAGAAACUGAUGAGCCUAAGUACAAAAAGCUCCUGGAUGGGAUGGCUUUCAACACUGAAACUUCCUCAGAUACCAUUGAGAAUGUCCGUCAGGGGAAGCAUGUCUACAUCGAUUGGAAGAGUAAUUUGCAGUACAUCAUGAAGAAAGAGUUUCUGGUCAAUGAUCGCUGUGACUUCGCCUUGGGAGUUGAGGACUUCCUGGAUGAACAGAUAGCUAUUAUUAUGCCAAGGGAUAGUGCAUACCUCAAUCUCAUUAAUUCAGAGAUCACCAGAUUGCAUCAGAUGGGUUUCAUCCAACGCUGGCUCAAGGAAUAUCUCCCCAAGAAGGAUCGCUGCUGGAAUGUAGGCAAAGCCAUUGAGGUGAACAAUCACACGGUGAAUCUGGAUGACAUGCAAGGAUCGUUCCUGGUACUAUUCAUAGGGUGUGUUCUGGGUGCCUGUGUCAUCAUCCUUGAGUGCAUGUGGUUCAAGAGGCGUGAGCUCAAAGAGCAGGUCAUCAUUAAGCCAUUUGUAAAGUGAGAAAGAAUGGAAAUUCCCUCUUAGUUGCUAAAUACAAGGAAAUGUCGAAAAA